UGGUCAAACAGAUUUCGCAAUACUCCCUAGAACCUCUUCAUGCUCUAAACAAAACAGAACCAAGCAACGAACUUCAAAGCUCUACGAAAGGGAACAUUAUUUCAACUUUUCAAACAUUGAUAGGUGAUUGAUAUUACCUACUCGUGGCAAGACUCAAAUCUUUGGUUGAGGAAGACCCGUCCAGCCACGUAUCUCCUUUCCCGGUAAAAAAACCCCCAAACAAGGGCACAACCAGGAAGCCGGUCAUCGAGGUCCAACAGCGUGACGCGUGGGCAGCUGAUCCAAAUGAGCAGGCCUUCGCAGCAGAAGCCAAUCACAGACCAAAACGGUGUGAGCGUGAUCCAGGCCCACGCCAACGUAGCAACCGCUGCCUCUUUAGCAGUAGCAGCAGCUGCAGGCUUUCAGCAGGUCCCCCAGCUCACACCCCCAGCCCCGGGAGGAGGAGGAGGAGGCAAGGCCACACCGCCCAGCAAGAUGAAGAAGACGUCGGCCGACAAGGACAGCGACGAGUACCGGCAACGCCGCGAGCGAAACAACCUGGCGGUGAAGAAGAGCCGCAUGCGCAGCAAGCAGAAGGCUCAGGACACGCAGCAGCGCGUCAACGAGCUGAAGGAUGAGAAUGAGCGCCUGGAGGCGAAGAUCAAGCUGCUCAGCAAGGAGCUGAGCGUGCUGAAGGACCUGUUCCUGGAGCACGCUCACAACCUGGCUGACAACGUGCAACCGCCGGGCACCGACGGGGCUAGCCCCGUGCCCAACAACAACAACAACAACAUCAACAACAACAAUGGUGCCUGCAACAACAACGGGCAGUGAGGGAAUAAACAAGUGGGUUUUUUUUUUUUUGCCCAGCCUGCUGUUGGGGAGCGGGGGAUUCACUAGCCCGGUCAUAGCUUCUUAAAAUUUUUUGUUUGUUUGUUUCUGUUGCUUUUCCAUCUGGAGAUAAUGUCAGAUAUUUUCACUGUUUUUCUUUUUGUUCUGUCAGAUUUGUAAACAGAAGUUUAGAGUACCAAGUCAGGGAAGGUCCGUCUUGAAUAUUUGUAUACAUUUUGUAUGAGACCUGUGGUGAUAUUUGCCCCUGAGUGCUUGCUCUGUUUGCAGUACAGAUGUGUAGAAAGUUUCACUGAAAAGCUUUUGAAAUUCAAAGAAUGUGUGAUUGAAAAUAUUUAAUUGGAGUUUAGGAUUGUGAUGUUCAUUUAAAUGUUUCCUUUUUAUGUGUGCUUUGCCAUGAGAGAUGUACUCCAUGUAAAUGUUUGUUUUUGUCUUUAUCUAAUCAAAAUGUUUUAAGCUCUAGAGGACAAGACAGACGUAAUAAUUUUCCAAAAUGGCCGAACAGAGAAUUCAAAGAGCAAGUCAGUCACUGUAUUUAUUUAUCUAUCUCUCCAUAGGAGCCUCUGUUCUACUGUCCCUCAUAUCAGACACCCUGCCCCUCCUCCCCCCCCCCAGAUCCAGACAGAUGUUUGCCCAUGGAUAGGCCCAUCUAGACACCCCAGACUACCACGCACUUGGACAGGAUUAAAAUCCAGACUUUUCUGGUGUCGUCACAGGCCACUUUGCUAAAGCAAACUUAAGCCUGUUUUGUUUUUUGUUUGUUUUUUACCAGCCCCAACAUGGGGAGAGUGGCCCAUUCACAGUCCUAUCCUGCCGCCUGGGCGUUGGAGGCUGAAUUAACUCUCACUAAUUAGCAACGGCAGAGCAGGACAAGUUUGCUCCAGUUUUCGAGACUUCAAGAGCACGGCAACAGGUAUCAGAAUGUAUAGAAAGCCAGACGGCGAUUGUGUAUGUUUGUAGACUUUGUAAUUAACCAGCUUUGCGGGGUGGGGCCUGCUAGGACUGGAUUGUCUUUGGAAAAUAAUAACCUAUUUCCGUUUUUGAAAAAGGACUUACUUGGCAGGUGGGGUUCCCGUUUGCUGUUGUGUCUGAUAAGACUUCUGUACCUCAGGCUGACAGACUUCUGUACCACAGCCACACCAAACGGAGCGUUUUGUUCUUUUCUUAGCGAAAGCCUGACAAAGUCAAAGACCUACUGACGCAUCUUUUCACAAGUUUUUUGUAUUCUUAAUUUUUCUACAACUUUUAAUUGAGAAGCAGCAUGAUAGGACAAUAUUUGCAUGGGGAAGCACUGUUUAAAGAUGUUUUUUGCACUACAAAAAAAGAUGGGUUGGAGGGGGGGGGGGAGAGGGAACAGCUUACUGAUAACAUUCUCCGUAACUGAGCUUUUCUGUAUGGUGUCAUGGAAAUAACACGAAAUUAGCUAGAUUCUGUCGGUCAUUUUGUUAGAUAUGACAAAUUUGAUAAUAUUUCCAUGACUGAUUGACAUUAUGCUUUGGUAUGAAUGUUGCUGGGCAGCAUUUCUCUCUUGGUUGCAUUUUUAUAAGAGUAUAUUGGGGUAACGUGCAUUGUAAAUUAAAAAUUGAAUUUAAAGUUUCAACAAAGUC